CGCUGUGGACUUCUAGUUAGUUGUAAAGUCGAUUUUAAGCCGAUCAUAAACCCAAGCGUCCUCCACCAGUCUGAAACGUGGAAACCACUCAAUAUUUCCACUCAAACCAUAAGAUACACAGUAAAAGACAAAGAGACUCAAGUGAAAAGUGAUUCAGUGAGUUCUUCUAGCGGAUUUACAUACAUUUAGUUAGAUAGCUUGUAGUGUUGAACCAUUUCCAAUAGAAAGUGCGCAAGAAGAAAGAAGCGAAAAUAAGAAAGUGCCAAUUUGGGAAAAUUUUUUGGUUAAUUAGAUUGGAUUCUUCUACUUGACGAGUGGAGUUUUCAAAGGAGAAAUUUAGUGUUGGAUCGCAACGACUUGGGACUGUCUACGAAAAUGUUAAAAAGUGUUCUCCUUCUGGGCACUAUUCUACUAGUGCUUGUCGUUAAUCGGAUUGAGUGCCAGGCGUAUGACCAGGAUGCCGACUUUGGAUUUUCAGCAGAAGGACGAACCGAGGCGCCAGCUGAGGAAGAACAUGAAAAUCCGUUUGAGGUUGAUGUAAUUGAGACAGGUGGAAAUCCUCAAAAUCCUGUCAGCGAAACGGAUCCCAAUUUCUUCUUCCAUCACUCGAUACCGUUCUUUGAGAACUAUCCAUUCUUCUCAACAUUCGGAGGAUUUGGCUUUACCAAGAGGAAGGAACCAUGGUGGAAGGGUCCCAACGUAUGCACAGAACGCAAAGAAGACAUCGAAGACGACAAGGAUACCGAAAUCGAAGGAGUUGAAGACGUAGCUGGAACCGGCGAUGCUGAAGUGAUCAGGAAACCUUCCCCAAUAUUUGGUGGACUAUUAUUCAGCGUCAAUUCUUGCACAGAGAAACCGCAUAAGCAUGUUUGCAAACAAGUUGUUAGCAAGAACGGCGCAAAGAAGACAAUGACCGUAACUCACCAAUGCUGUCACGGCUACGGACGCGCCCCAAAUGCUGAUGUUACUGCUCCCUGCGAGAAAAUUGAUUUGAAAUCAAUUGUUCUCACAGCUGAAGAAAUGGGUGCCAAAGAGUUUAUCAAAACCGCUCGAAACAAUGGACUCGAAGAGAAACUUCUAUCUAAUAUCACUUUAUUCUUGCCAACAGAUCAGGCAUUUACUGAAUUCUCUGAGCAGAUGUUUGAGAAUAACCUCGUUGUCCUGCCAUUGAGACGCACACGACGUGCUGCCGAUUCAUCUGGAAUUACAACUAAAGAUUUGGCCCUUUAUCACAUGGUCGACGGUUGGGUGAAUAUCCAGGAUGUGAAGAACGAGGAACUUCUUCAGACGAACUUUGAUAACGCCACAAUCCGCAUCAACAUUUUCCCACGACCUCCAAAUAGCAAACACUAUGAGUAUCCAUUCCGAUACACUGCAAACUGUGCCCCAAUAGUGAAAGCCAAUAGGGUCACUACGAAUGGAAUUGUACAUGUUGUGGACAAGGUGCUUUCUCCUGUUACAAUGAACGUGAUGGACAUCAUUAGAUCACGAAGUGAUAUGGCUGUUCUGAGGACCAUCCUUGAGAAGACAAAAAUGAACGAAUUGUUGGAAGGUGAUAAGCCAGUAACGAUUUUCGCUCCUACAGAUAAGGCCUUUGAGAAGUUGGAUAUGCAUUUGCGUAGGACAUUGAAGGAAGGACGUGGCUGUGCAACAAACAUCCUCAAAAACCAUAUCUUGGACUUGACUUUCUGCUCUGUAGCAGCAGUAGCUGAUGCCAAAACAACCGCUUAUAACCUAAUGGGUCAAGCGAUGGUAUUCGAACGCAGCAGAAUGGACGACAAGAAACUUCAAGGAACAGAAGUUUCAGAUCUUGCCGGAGUUCAGGAUAUCAUUAUCAAUGGCGAAGCUAGGAUUCUUGAAACCGAUCUCAUGGGCACAAACGGCGUAAUCCACAUUGUCGACACUAUCAUGCCUACUGACACUGCUUUGCCGGUUUCUUCCCUCUUAGAAAAGAAAAACCUCACCAUCUUCAAGAAAUUAAUUGAAGCUUCAAAUCUUCAAGAUGAAUACGAUGAUCUCAACAACGUUACAUUCUUCGCCCCAAGCGACAGAGCAUUGGAGGGAAGUAAAUGGGCUAAGGAGCUGGAGCAAAAUCCAGAAGGAUUGAAAGGUAAUGAAGAACUGAAAACUUUCCUGGGAUAUCACGUGGUAGAGCCGAUGAUCAAGACAUGUGACCUGAGCGAAAAGAUGAUGCCAACACGUUCCGGUUUGCCACUCAGGGUCAACCUUUACUCCACACAUGCAUUGUUCAAUAACGUCAUGAACAGAGCAACAGUAAAUUGCGCUCGAUUGGUGCACUUUGAUGACGAAAGCUGCGGAUCAGUUUUACACCAAGUAGACAAAAUCCUUGCACCACCAGAAAAGAAUCUUCUCGAAAUCCUCGAAUCGAAUCCCAACUAUAGCAUGUUCUACAAACUCAUUCAAGAUGCCAACCUAACACACCUUCUACGGAAAGAGGAUGACAGUUUCACUCUUCUGGUACCCAAAAAUGAUGUAUUCCUUGAAGUUGAAGACUAUUUCAAGAACCUGCCGGAAAAUCGAGCCGCACUAGAAGCUCUUGUCAAAUCUCACAUCGUAAACGACGUUAUCUGCUGCGCAGGAAUCAUCCCUACCAAUUGGCCAUUCGUCCGAACUAUCGAGACCAUCAACAAUAGGAAGUUACGAUUGAGCCGGGAUCGAAGACCAAAAAUUGAGAAUGCUGGAGUUACAAAAUGUGAUAUUAUUGGAAAGAACGGUAUCAUCCACGAGAUCAAUGAUGUGAUUGCCAACGUUGAACAGCAGCGACCACCUCAGAGUCAUAAUUUCCAUGACAUUGAAGAUAUCUUCUUUAAGUAGAAUGUAGUUGUAUGACCAGUUGUAAUCCUUUUUUUAAAUCGUAGUAAUAUUUAUUUGAACGACGACGAUGGAGUUAUGACAAACACGAGUAUAUUUUCGAUUGUUUGAGAUUUAUGUGUGGGUCUUCUUGAUAUGUUUAUGGGCUUCCCAAAACUGAUAAACCGAAAGUUGAAUAAAGCCUAGAAGAUACAUCAAAUAAAUAUAACAUUGGAAUUGAA